UGAGAUAAGGGAUUUCAGUAUAAAAGCGGUGCCGAAGUACAACCAGCAGAGUGGAAGAGGAAGGGGCAAGAUGAAGACGGUCCUGAUCUUAGCAGCUCUCGUGGCUUUGGCGGUCGCCGGGACCGUACCGCACAAAUACGAUGUGAAGCUUAAAUCUGUUGACGCCAAAUAUCUGGAGCGUCAAGACAAAAUCUACUCACUUUUGGAGAGCAUAGGACAAUACCGAAAGGAUGCAGGCUACUGGAAGAUUGGGUAUGAAUACGACGUCGAGGCUAACAUUGACAACUACACCAAUAAACAGGCGGUUGAAGAGUUUUUACAAUACUACAAGCGUGGAUUCAUGCCCAAAUACAAGACAUUUUCCGUAUUUUAUGAUGAAAUGAGAGAGGAGGCUUUGGUCCUCUUGAAGCUCUUCUUUUACGCCAAGGACUUUGAGACCUACUUCAAGACCGCAGCCUUCGCCCGCGUGCACUUCAACGAUGGCCAGUUCCUCUACGCCCUAUAUGGAACCAUUGAUUUGCACCCCGGUACCUACCAAAUGUUCCUGCCUGAUCCCUACGAGAUGUUCCCUCAAUACUUUGUUAACACCAAGACUUUCCUGAAGGCAUACCGCACUAAGAUGCAGAACGGAGACUUUGACCCCGCCUAUGCUGCCACUCACGGCAUCUAUCAUGAGAACGGGAAAUAUAUCUUCUACUCCAACUAUACUAGCCCGUGGCUGACUGGCAGCGAAGAGGACAAACUUUCCUACUUCACUGAGGAUAUUGGCAUGAACUCUUUUUACUACGUCAACCAAAUGCUCCUUCCGUUCUGGUGGUCGAGCCAGAAUAUCGAACAAAAUUACAGAUUCCAGGGCGACUGGUACUAUUACACCUACCGACAGCUGAUCGCUAAGUACUAUCUCAACCGCCUCAGCAGCGGGCUCGGUGAGAUCCCUGAAUUCUCGUGGUACAAGCCCAUCGAGACCGGCUACUACUGCCAGCUGUCUACCUAUUACCCUUUCUUCUCGAGGAAUGAUAACUAUGAAAUAAACAAGCCUGAGAAUGAAAAGUACAUUUCGUACCUCGACUCCUACGAAAAAACAUUCCUGUACUACUUGGAGCAGGGCAGCUUUAAGGCUAAUAACCAAGAUAUCGAUCUGCGUGAAGAAAAGGCUAUCAACUUUGUUGCUAAAUACUGGUUCACCUACUUUGACUUGAGGUAUACUACGCCCAAGAACUGUGAACGUUCCUACGAGAUGACCGGUCUUCGUCUCUUGGCUGGUACCCCUGAGCCCAGUGACAAGUACACCAUUUUCCCGAGUGCUUUGGAGCUGCCUCAGACCUCUUUGCGCGACCCCAUGUUCUACCAGUUCUACGCUCGCAUCCUGAACUAUUUCCAACAAUGGAAGGAGUAUAUGGAACCCUACAGCUAUACCCAGCUACAUUUCCACGGAGUCAAGAUCAACAAUGUUAAGAUUGACAAACUGGUGACCUUCUUCGAGCCCUAUGACUUUGAUAUCACCAACGAUAUCUUCCACAGCAUCGAAGAGUUCAAGGCUAACAAACCUUACGAGGGUAACACUUACGACGUCUAUACGGUCCGUCAACCUCGUCUGAAUCACCAACCCUUCACUGUCACUGUCGAUGUCAAGUCUGAAGUCAGCACUGACGCCGUGUUCAAGAUCUUCCUGGGUCCCAAGUACGACAGCAAUGGCUAUCCUCUUAGCAUUGAAGACAACUGGAUGAACUUCAUUGAACUGGACUGGUUCGUUCAUAAGCUGACUCCUGGACAGAACAAGAUUGAGCGCCGUUCGCUUGACUUUAUCCGGAACAAAGAGGACUCCAUCCCCACAGUUGAAAUCUUCAAGCUGUUUAAGCAAGGAAAGGUCCCAGUCGAUUUGUCUGAGAAAUACGUCUACCAGCCCCGAAGAAUGAUGUUGCCUAAGGGUACCAAGGGUGGCUUCCCCUUCCAGCUGUACGUCGUCGUCUACCCCUCAACACCUCUGCCUGAGUUUAUGGAAAAGUACAAGGCCUACUUCCCCGACGCGAAGCCCGUCCUCUACCCCUUCGACCGGCCCGUGUACGAGCCCUACUUCAAGCAGCCCAACAUCUACUGCGAGGAUGUGUUCAUCUAUCACAAGGGUGAAGACGUUGCCAACUUGUACAAUGUUAAGCAGUACUACCCCGGUUUCAAAAACCAGGUACCCAAACACUAAAAGAAAAGGAAAUGAAAUACAAUACAACACCUACUAUGAUGAUCCUACGGUCGUAUUUGAACAAAGCCUCAGCGACGCGACAUGGAUCCUACACCAACAAAAGUGACAUCCUUGUAUAAUAAAUUGUAAGAAUAACUUCAACAUACUUUAUAGCAUAAAUGAUGUGAAGAAUCAAAUAAACAAUAUUUUGAAU